CCUUCAUGACGAUAGCAGGUUAUCAGAUUGCUUCCUUUUAUACCAGACCAAGCCGUGAACAUGGGGGUGUUGUUAUUUAUGUCAGGUCGGUUCUCCGAGUACAGCAGCUUAAUGUGGCUAAAUACUCAGUGGAAAUGCACUGUGAACUGUGUGCAGUUAAGAUAAAAUAUGGAAAAUGUCGUAUGCAGUUGUCUGCUUUGUGGAUGAAUGCCAGGGAGAUUCAGAAGUUGUCCAAGAAGUGCCCAUUUCUUGGCUGAAAAAUAAUAAUACCAUGUGUAUGUGGCCUCCAUCCAACUAAUAUACCUCCAUCCAACUAUACACUAAACGGAACACCACCCUCGGGUUCAUGGAAAUUAUGUCCAAUCAGGUGUGAUCGAAUAUGUGAUAGUCUUGCAGAUGCUAGAAGGCACUGCAUUAGGGAAUCCUCAUCAGAAGAUGAGAAAGGCAGAGGCCUAAGAAAAAAAAAUUUCGAAGCACCUGAUAGGUCGUUAUUCUAAAUGUGCGUCUCCACCAAUGGAGGAAGCUGAUCAAUCAUCAGCAGAUUCAGAUUAUAGACUACAGGAGAUCGGGAUGCCACAACCAGAGAACUUAACUCGGUUAUGGCCUCAAACUUCUUCCAAUUUCUACAGUCCUCCCCGCAUGACAGGAACAGUUGCUAUCGAACACAAUGAGAUCUUACAACACCCGUCAGGGCCAAAACAAACAGGUGUCAACCAACAUGAGCCACUUUCCACUGAAAAUCGAUACACAAUACCUGAUUCACCCUUGUCCAUAAUCAAUCAAGAGGUUCAGACUAGAGUUGAAAACAAUGGGAACCUAGAAAGAAAGAUUGAUAGAUUGACUGAACUUGUUGGGAGGAUUCUCCUAGAAAUUGAGGAGCUAAAGUUACAGCGAGGAAAGAAUGAAGUGCUGAAUCACACUGAUUUGAGGGAUGAAUUUCCGUUUACGUCUUUGGAAAAAUUGAAGGAAUUUGAGGCAAGAUUAGAAGAUGAGGAGGAGAAAAAAAAAGUGACCCAAUACUUCAAAUCGAUAGGAGGCUUGACUUCCAAGGACUUCCAUUCGAGGGUGAUGGCAAGGGUCUUCACAAAUUCCCUUGCCAUGCAGUGUUCUUGGAAAGGAUUCAAGAACAAUUACAAGGUCGAGAGUAUGUUACUCCUACAAUGUUUAUAUUGUUACGAUACCGUUUCCCACAAUAAGCACGGAAUCGCAUCGGAACCCGAAAUACAGGAUUCCUGGAAGACGACACAAGGCGUGACCACCGAUUGUGACUCUUUCCGUUUUUCAUAAUUUGAAUAGUAGUUAGUUGAUGUCUAGCGUUAAAUAGAUUCAUUUGAUUUUUCUUUGAACAAAUAGAAACGAUAUCCAUUCUAUUGAGUUGUCCUUUAAUUACCAUUGGCAACCCUAAAAAGAAAUAAGUUCUUUUUAAGAAUAGACUUUUGGAUACGUUAUUCAUAACUGGCGCUGCGAACAGGAUAUCGCAACGGGGUUUUAGUGAAAAGAAAAAAAACUAAAAUCAGUUUCCAUAAGUGAAUAAGGACUCGUCCGGCAAUUGUACAGGCUGUUCGAAGAGUGUUCGAGGAACUCCCGGUGACUAUCAAGUCUUUGUGCGGUAUCACCAAGAAACCACAUCGAACCAGCAGAGAAUCAAUUCUACCACUCCAUCCAGAAGAAUGGACAUCAACUCGAUCCACUUCGAUUAAGAAGAAGGAACUACACACCCUAGGAUGCAUAUGUUGGUGAUGUAAGUCUAUCAAUCUCUUUCCUUAAACCCAGAAUCCCAAAGUUCAAUGACACAUACCGAUUCUUCAAGCGUACUAGAAGUUAUCGCUGAAGAUUCAGAAUUAUUAGA